AGUACCAACAGAGCUACUACCAGACAGCCUAGCACUUGGUCCGAAUUUUAGUAUUACUUCACCGGCGUUGCGUGUCUGUUUGUCCGCGGGCGCAUUUCGAGAUCGGUUGGUUGGUCGGUCGGUCAUUAAAAAGUAUUGCGUAUUUAUAGCAAAUGUGCAAGAAGUAUUUAUGCAGUUUUAUAAGUGUCCACAUAUACAUGCAUACAUGUGCGUAAAUGCAAUAAUUAGCUUAGUACGCUUUUAGUAAACUUUGUCAUCAAAUGGAUUUCUUGUCUGAUUUUAUGUUUUAAGCACCAGUUGACACUUUCCAAAAAAAAAAUGAUUUUUCCGUCCGCUCAAUUUAAACUGUGUCCAUCACUUUGCGUCAUAUUCUUCCUACUACAAGUAUUCCAAAAUAUUCUCCACAUUGCUGGCAAGGAGUACGCCCAUGCCUCACAUUACAAUACAGCAGUUCACCAACACUGCUCUACUAUAGAUGUUAAGGAUAAAAUUUUGGAACUACAAUGCCAUGCGAAGUGCGCCGCAGAUGGUGUAAGUCCUGUUUCAGAGGAUUCGGAAGCAUGUUUCCAGCAAUGUCAAUCAACCAUCUAUCGUGAACCGCGGCGAGGCACCUGUCCGAACAAGCAAAUUUUCUCAAUGCAAGAGAUCUCACCAAUGCAGCGGCUCUCCUGCCUCGGCAGUUGCAUGUACGACGCUGACUGUCCAGUGGUGCAAAAAUGCUGCGACAUUGGCUGCGGACCCGCCUGUGUGGAUGCGAUUGGUGUGCGCGAGGACGUUCUGCUGCCGCCAAUACCGAGAAUUCUGAGAUAUAAAUUAGCGCGUGGAAAUAAGGUAGAACUAACCAUUGAAUCGUCGGCCAACUCCACCUACUACUGCCACGUGGAAGUGCGUUACCACUUCGGUGUCUCCUUCGCACCGCGAAAGCUUAGUGCGUGGCAAUGUCAAUUGGUGGAGAAGAUUGCUGAGGUUUCGGAUGCGCGCAGUAAAAGAAUUGAUAUUUCGUUCAAUCUGAAGCCUGGUCAUUGGUAUCAAGCGCGUGUGGCCGCAAUAAAUGCGUAUGGCUUUCGUGGCUAUUCUGAGCCAUCUGAAGAAUUCCGCUUAACACAUCAUCCCAAACCACCGAAAUCACCUGCGGAUCUCCAAGUGGUCUCGGCGGUUUUUGAUGGUCGACACUAUAAGCUGAAAAUCGUUUGGUGUCCCUCGAAGUCAAAUUUGCCCAUUGAGAAGUAUAAGGUCAUAUGGUCACUUUAUGUAAGGAAUAAGGACGAGUCAGUCAUCACAAACGAGGCCUACGUGAAGGACACACACCAUUUCGAUAUCGCCGAACUUUUGCCCGACUCCAGUUACUAUAUCCAAGUGCAGUCGAUGUCCAUCAAUGGCAGUCGUCGCUUAAAAUCAGACAAGUGUUCAAUACUUUAUAAUACAACUCAACCGGUGGCACCAUAUAAGUCCCUGAAAUGCUCGCAUCAAAAUCACGAACACGCUCAGCAAAAUAGUGGAAGCUACAUUACCGAGAUCAAUGAGCAAAAUGUACGCUCAUUGCACGAAGUUACUAUGCCAACGAUGCGGGCAACUUCACCAGCUACGUUGGCGAGCUAUGAAGUACGUUAUCGGCUCAAUCGCAAGUUUGGCAUGAUUGUGCAAAUAACGGGACUUCUACCCUAUAAAGAGAAGGUCUACGAACUCUGUCCGAAAGAAAGUAAUUGUGAGCAUCGAGAAUACAGCGCUAUUCGUGUUAGGCAAGAUUCCGUAGAAUUCAGCAAACUUAAAUUCAACACUACCUACGUACUAAAGGCUUACAGACCCAACACCUUGAGCGCCGGAGCAGCCACUACGAUGAAUGAAACUUUCUUAUUUACAACGCCUAAAUGUGAAAACUUUAAGAAACGAUUUCCGAAAAUGCAGUUAAAAUGCUAACUUGGUAGAUAUUUAAUAGUGGUUAAAUCGAACUUACGAAUAACUCCCAAAUUCAUAGAUCGACAGUAUGUAAUCAAUUAACUUCAAUAUCCAUCUAUUUGAUAAUAAAUUAUUUACUGUAAAUAAAAAUAAA